CCGCGCCGCCCGGAAGAAGGAGCCUGCGCCGCGGCGGCCGCUGUUGAGAACAUGGCGGCUGCCGCCUCCUCCUCCUCCUCCUCCUCCUCGGUGUGGGGCGCGGGAGGCGGCGGCGGCGGCGGCGGGAGGAGGAAGAGGAAGGCGACCCAGCAGCCCUGAGGGACGGCCCAGGCCUGCCCGCCGGCGCCGCCAUGUCUUUCUUCAGGCGGAAAGUGAAAGGCAGAGAGCACCAGAAGCCAGCAGAAGCCAGGGCAAUUAAAGAGUCCGGACCUGCUCGGAUGCCCGGAAGCUUUGCUGCAGCACCAGGACCUUCCCCACAGAGAAGCACCAGGAACCAUGCCUUGCUGGAGGCUGCUGGACCAAGCCACGUGGCGAUCAGCGCCAUCUCAGCCAACAUGGAAUCCCGCAGCAGCCGCACAGCCGCCCUUAAGAAGCAGCCCAGCCACAUGGAGGCUGCUCACUUUGGAGACCUGGGCCGCUCCUGUCUGGAUUAUCAAGCCCAAGACACCAAGUCGAGUCUCUCCAAGACGCUGAAGCAAGUCCUGCGCGAUGCCGUGGCCCUCCCCUAUUUCACCCAGUACAUGGAGCUCCAUCGCAUGGAGCACCUGGUCAGGUUCUGGCUGGAAGCCGAGGCCUUCCGCUCCACCACGUGGUCCCGCAUAAGAGCACACAGCUUGAACACGGUUAAGCACAGCUCCCUGGCUGAGCCGGUGUCCCCCUCCCUCCAGCAGCAGGACCUUCCCGGGCUGUCCCCCAACAGCGAGUCACUCAAUGGAGGGCUGGAGGAUUGCUGCCCCGCCGAGCUCUCCCCUGCCUAUUUGACAGCCGCUGAGCCCAACAGGCCCGCAUUGACCCUCCAGAACCAUUUGCUGCUUUGCGAAGGCGGCGGCCAAGCCCGUUUGGGGUUGGGAACGUCGGACACCGAGGACUGUCCUGUUCCAGAUGAACCUCAAGACUCUUCCAGUGUCUCAGUAUCCAAUAGAAAUAGUCCUUCCUUUGCACUAAAGGACUUAUCAGGAAAACUCAUGAAAAGUAUCGAGCAGGAUGCAGUUACCAUUUUUACCAAAUAUAUUUCUCCAGAUGCCGCUAAGCCAAUACCAAUUACGGAGCUGAUGAGAAAUAACAUUGUGGCAAAGAUCUGCGGGGAAGAUGGACAGGUGGACCCCGACUGCUUUGUCAUGGCCCAGUCAGUGGUGUUUAAUGCCACGGAGCAAGAGCACUUUAGUGAAUUCCUGCGAAGCCAUCACUUUUGCAAGUACCAGAUCGAGGUGCUGACGAGCGGGACCGUCUACCUGGCCGACAUCCUCUUCUGUGAAUCUGCCCUUUUUUACUUCUCGGAGUUCAUGGAGAAAGAAGACGCUGUCAAUAUCUUGCAGUUCUGGCUGGCUGCAGAUAAUUUCCAGUCCCAGCUGGCAGCCAAGGAAGGCCAAUAUGACGGGCAAGAGGCCCAGAACGAUGCCAUGAUCUUAUACGAUAAGUACUUCUCUCUUCAAUCCACUCAUCCUCUCGGGUUUGAUGACUCCGUACGGUUGGAAAUUGAAUCCAACAUCUGCAGGGAAGGCGGGCCGCUCCCCACCUGUUUCACCACUCCACUGCGACAGGCCUGGACCACCAUGGAGAAGGUUUUCCUACCCAGCUUCCUGUCCAGCAAUCUUUAUUACAAAUACUUGAACGACCUCAUCCAUUCAGUCCGGGGAGACGAGUUUGCAAGUGGAAGCCUCGCCUUGAACGUCCACGGCCUUGGCAGCGCUUCGGACCACUAUUCCCACGCGGGUGCUGCGGACAACGUGGCUUCCUCCCAGCCCAGCCACAAAAAGGCCAAUGUAAAAAUCCUGAAAAACUUUGACGAAGCAAUAAUCGUUGAUGCUGCCAGCCUGGACCCAGAGUCUCUGUAUCAACGGACAUACGCUGGGAAGAUGACUUUCGGCCGCGUGAGCGACCUGGGCCAGUUCAUUCGGGAAUCAGAGCCGGAGCCGGACGUCAAGAAGUCCAAAGGGUCCAUGUUUUCCCAAGCAAUGAAGAAAUGGGUGCAAGGAACCACAGACGAGGCCCAAGAGGAGAUGGCCUGGAGGAUAGCCAAGAUGAUUGUCAAUGACGUCAUGCAGCAGGCCCAGCCGCCGGAGGCAGCUGUCGAAAAGGUGACUAAGCUAUGAUCUUCGGGGGCUUCUGCCUGUGAAGAGAAGCGGAGCUGGAUCCUCCCCACCCCUCCCGGCCCCAAAGCCUCUUUCUCACGGCCGCCUUCUCAGAUGGACGCGCAGCACCACGGACCCCAACCGGCUGGGGUCUUUUGCCCUGCCUCGUGGGGAAAAAGGCUCAUCUUCCCGUUUCAAGAGCAAAUUUAACCCGUGAAGGAACGCCCCAUCUCCUCCUGCAAAGGAUCUUUCCGCUUCGUCACUUGGAACUGGAGUACAAUCUUGGGUUAGGGAUGGAGGUAACAUGUUGCCCCUUAGGUUUCCUAGCUGUGAUUUUUUAAAAACUUCUUUUUUUUUUUUUAAAGAACUUCUGCAGUCAGAAAGGCACGGGGCCCCUUUAGCCUGCCGGAGAGGGCUUCGCAGUUGACGGGGCGGUCUUAAAAUCCCGGAGCCGUUUUGAAAUGCCCGUACAUGAAGUAUUCCAUAACUGGACUCUGCUCCUGUUCCAUUUGGGCCAGUCCCGACCAGAAGGAGCGGAAGUAGGGGACAAGCAAUUUUCAGUUGACAAAGAACUUCCACUUCGGUUCCCUUCUGCCUCUUGCCUUCCAAAAUGCUUGACUCCACACCUGGCUCCUUUUCACGCUGCAGAACACGUCGGCUGUCUGGGAAAAGACAUGAAGAAAAAAAAAAAAUGAACGUUUGUGUGUCCCUUUAUUUUUUGCUUUGCGUUAAGCUGAAACAAUGACUCUGCCCCGAUUCAGUCUUUUGCCGAAUUGUUCCAAGUUCAGGCACUGGCCCUUCUUCCGUAUCCUUUUCUGCAACAUUUUGGGAUUGGUUGCCUUUUUUUCCCCCCCUUUUUUUUCUCCACCCCAACCGAAAGCUUCCUCCGAUCUCUGACGCUUGCCGCACAUGAGUAAUCUUACCAGAGCGUUUGAAGUGUUCAAAACAAGGUCCACUCCGUUAUGCUUGUGCAUUUGUUUUUAGCCUUCUGCUUCCUUUUCUGUUGGAACAACGUUUCUGUUCAUUUUGGAGGGUUUUUUACGUUCUUACUGGCGUUUGUUUUAGAUUUGUGCAAAAAAAUAUAUGUAAAAAAGGACCCAUAAUCCAAAACGUCUGUAGGAAAGGUUAGGAUUUGUCUCCAGCAGUUUGAAAACUGUAAUGGACUAAACCAGAGUUUCUCAGCCGUGGCCACUUCAAGCUGUUUGGACUUCAGCUCCCAGAAUUCCCCAGCCAGCCAUGCUGGCUGGGGAAUUCUGGGAGUUGAAGACCAAACAGCUUGAAGUGGCCACAGUUGAGAAACACUGGACUAAGCAAACACCAUUUUGCUGAAUCAGCUGGAGCGAGGCACUGUUCCCUCAGUCUGCCAGAAGCAAAACAAGUUAUAUAUAGGAUUUUUGGUACUGUGUACCACCUUAUUGUCUGAUACCCAAGUAUUCAAGUACUUAAACCAUAUUUAAUUGUGUUUUGAUUGAAAUAUAAAUAUAUAUAUCUAUAUAUAAAUUAUAAA